CCGGGUGCAAACAGUGCGGUCAGCUGACUCGGCCAACUGCGCCGUCAUCCCGGCUAUAAGCGCACGACGUCCCGGCUCUCCGCUCCGACCCGGCCUCCGCCACCAUGCAGCCCCCCGGCCUGCUGCUGCUCGUCCUUGGCCUGCUGGCUGCGCCCGCCGCCGCGCUCAUCAGAAUCCCGCUGCACAAGUUCACCUCCGUCCGCCGGACCAUGUCAGAAUUGGGGGGCCCCGUGGAAGAUCUGAUCGCCAAGGGCCCCAUUUCCAAAUAUGCCCAGGGGGUGCCCAGUGUGACGGGGGGGCCCAUUCCAGAGAUGCUCAAGAACUACAUGGACGCCCAGUACUACGGGGAGAUCGGCAUUGGGACACCCCCGCAGUGCUUCACGGUGGUCUUUGACACUGGUUCCUCCAACCUGUGGGUCCCCUCGAUCCAUUGCAAGCUGCUGGACAUCGCCUGCUGGAUCCACCACAAGUACAACAGUGACAAGUCCAGCACGUACGUGAAGAACGGCACCUCCUUCGACAUCCAUUACGGUUCGGGCAGCCUCUCUGGGUACCUGAGCCAGGACACUGUGUCGGUGCCCUGUAAGUCGGCUCUGUCUAGCCUGGCUGGCGUCAAGGUGGAGAGGCAGACCUUUGGGGAGGCCAUCAAGCAGCCGGGCAUCACCUUCAUCGCGGCCAAGUUCGAUGGCAUCCUGGGCAUGGCCUACCCCCGCAUCUCGGUCAACAACGUGCUCCCCGUCUUUGAUAACUUGAUGCAGCAGAAGCUGGUGGAGAAGAACAUCUUCUCCUUCUACCUGAACAGGAACCCCGGCGCACAGCCUGGGGGUGAGCUGAUGCUGGGUGGCACGGACUCCAAGUACUACAGGGGCCCCCUGUCCUUCCUCAACGUCACCCGCAAGGCCUACUGGCAGGUCCACAUGGAGCAGGUGGACGUGGGCAGCAGCCUGACCCUGUGCAAGGGGGGCUGCGAGGCCAUCCUGGACACGGGCACCUCCCUCAUCGUGGGCCCCGUGGACGAGGUGCGCGAGCUGCAGAAGGCCAUCGGGGCCGUGCCGCUGAUCCAGGGCGAGUACAUGAUCCCCUGUGAGAAGGUGUCCACCCUGCCCGAGGUCACCCUGAAGCUGGGCGGCAAACCUUACACGCUGUCCUCAGAGGACUACACACUCAAGGUGUCGCAGGGUGGGAAGACCAUCUGUCUGAGCGGCUUCAUGGGCAUGGACAUCCCCCCGCCUGGCGGGCCGCUCUGGAUCCUGGGUGACGUCUUCAUCGGCCGCUACUACACCGUGUUCGACCGGGACCAGAACCGCGUGGGCCUGGCGGAGGCCACCAGGCUCUAGCCGCCCGCCUGCUGGGGAGGAAGGAGUCCAGCAGGAGGAGACCGGCCGCCUCCGCCCUCCCGGCCGCCCCUGCCACACACACUCACGCUCAAACUCACACUCACACCCCAACUCUGCAGGCGCCGGCCUGCCGGGCCUGCCGUUUUGUUCUGUGGUUUUCCCCAGCCCUGGUUGCAGAAAUGCCGCCCGCCUGUCUGCCUGCCUGUGUGUCUGUCUAAUGGAGGGGCGGGGUGUGGGACAGCCAGUAGGCUGAUCCGGAGCGUGGAGCCGCUUCAGUACCUUGGAAGCCCAGCCUGCCCUGGCAGCCCAUCAGUUGCGCAUCCCAGGACCCCCGUCCACCACCCGCCCCCAGCCUGUGCCUCAGGGGCCUGGCUGCCCAGGCAGGACCUCUGGACUGAACCCCCACCCCGAGCCAGGCUGUUCUCUGGGCUCUGCCGCUGCCUGGCCUGGGGUCCGGAGUUGGGCGCUGCCGGCCCCCCUAUCUUCCUGUGUGGGCCCAUCGAGGAAGGGGCCAGCUCAGGCCCGAGGACAAGCAGGAAGGACUUGGAAGGGUCGGGGCUCAGAGAACAAAAGCCAGCCUUGUGACGCCUUUGGGGUCAUCCUGGGGCUCGACCCCAUCCAGGAGGGCAUUCGCUGGUCCAGGGUGAGGGAAGAAGGGAAGGGGGGGGCUGGUGCCGCCUUCUCUGCAGCUGCCCCUCUCUUGAGUGACCGGGAGCCAAAGUUGACGUGAAAAUACAGUAGUUCGGGCCUCUUUUU